AUGAAAACAUCAUCAUCAAGCUCAUUGAGCAUAUCGAGAUCAAGUAAUUUGGAAUCACCUUCAAUGUCACUGAUUUCCAGCAAAAUAUCCAAUGAAGAUACCAAGAAUAAACCAGAAACAGACCCAGAAGAUAAAACAAAAUGUAACAAGCAUGAAGGUGAAUCGAUAGCAGUAGCAGUAGCAGAAUCGUCUAACCAACAGAUUAAACAACAGAACGAAGAACGGGAACAUCCUCAAGAUGAACCAAAACAAGAGUUGAUUGAAUGUUUGAAUGAAUACAUUUUCACUAGUCAAUGUGGUAAUGGGCAAACUUUUAAUAAUUUUCCAAUUAUUGUUAGAAUUCCUAUUAAUGAUAAACAAGGAAGACAAGAAGUUGAGAAUUUCAUUUCUGGAUGUUCAGGUAUAUCUGCAGUUUAUCAUCAUGAUCAUCAUCAAGAGAAAACGGAAAUUGAUAAAGCAACAACCAAUUAUUUCAACAUAGGUUUUACUACAAAGAAGGAAUUGGAUGAUUUGAUUUAUAAAUUGUAUCAAGAACAAAUUGUUUAUGAAUUGGAUUAUUCAAAGUUUAUAUCCCAUCCAGGAAUUCUUUUCAUUAAAAAUUUGUCGAGUAAUUUAAUGUUUGAUAAUAAUAAUAAUAAUUAUAAUUCUCCGGAAGAAGGUGAAGUCAAAGGCAAAGGUGAAGGUGAAAAAGUGGAAACGGAAACGGAAACGGAAACGGAAACGGAAACAGAAACAGACACAGAGUCAAUCACCAUAUUGGAGUCAACUGAACCCAAGCAUAAAUUGUUUGAAUUUUUAAUGGACAAUUCAUAUUUUAAAUCAUUACAAGAGGUGAAAAUUUUCAAUAAUGAUAAUAACAAUAUUUCCACUAUUCCAUUGUCAUCAUUUGCCAUUGUUAAAUUUUCUAAUCAUUUGGAUGUUGAUAUUUUGAUUAAAAAAUAUAACAAAUAUACCCCCAAUAUUUUCAAUAAUAAUACUAAUAUUCCAUUAUUUCUCAAUAAAUAUCUUAAUCGAAAGGAACGAUUUGUGUUUCCUGGUGCCCCAAAUUUGGCCAACACCACUAAUGCAACUAGUCCAACUGCAAACAAUCCAACAAGACCAAUGGAUAAUUUUAAUCUUAUAAUUGUUGAAAACUUGCUCAAUUUCUUGCCUCGAAUAAAAUUGAAUCAAGAGGAAUUUACUGGGUUUAUCAAUAAAUUUAAUAGUUUUGGGACUUUAGUGGAUCAAAUAUAUUUCCCACUUUCUGAUAAGGGAGCAACUUUGGAAGAGAUCAAAACUUUGGAUUUUGGAUUUAUUAAAUUCAAGCAACCAAGCAAUAACAACAACAACAACACCAAUAACAAUAACAAUGUAAUGGAAAAUACUUUACGAAUAUUGUAUUAUUUGAAUGGAUUAACUUGGGAAGAAUUUAAUCAAUUGGAUGUCAACAAUUUACCUUCAUUUUUACAAGAUGCCAAAUUUGAACAGCACGAGCUACCAAGUGACGAUGGUGAAGAUGGCAAUGGCAAUGAUAAUGAAAAUGAAAAUGAAGCAACCAAUCAUCAAGCCCCAAAUCAAGGUAAACUCUCAAUAACGAUUGCCCAACAUAAACAUAAUCAUUAUUUGUUUGCUCAAUCUAACAGUUUAUACUUAUCAAUGGGGAAAGAUUGUAAGAUAUCCAUUAGUUUCCCUAAUCCAGUAUUUAUUUUUAAUCAAUUUUCACGAAGUUUAAAUUAUCAAGAAACAAAUAUUUAUGUAAAUAAUUUACCUAUUGUAUUUAAUAAUGAUGAUUGUACAUGGGAAUCAUUUUGGAGUCAAUUUGGAAUAAUCAAAUCGGCCAAAAUUAUUAAACCUCAAUUUUAUCAUGAAUAUGAAGAUGAUCAUAAAUCAGGUAAGAUUGGAUUUGUAUUUUAUAAGACAUUUAAAAUGGCUAUUCGAGCCAUAUUAAUGACAAAUAAUAAAGUGGUCAAUGUUGGACAUUUUAACCCUAUUGUCAUUCAAUCUUCAUUUGCCAUUCAAAAAUCAAAUUCAAAUAAAGAAUUGAAACAAAAUAAUAACCACAAUGGUUUAUCUAUUACUAAUUCUAAUCAAAUUGGAACAAACAAUACCGUGGCUGCCACAACAGCAGCUGCAGUAGCUGCAGCGGCAACAGUGGCAAAUCAAUCAUAUUAUACUUAUCAACCAAUGAUGCCAUAUUAUUAUGGCUAUCCUGCUACUCCUUACCAAUUUGCCAAUGUUUUGCCUGGUCCGAUUCCACCCCCACCUCCUGGUGCUGGUGCUAGUGCUGCAAAUUCUGUGGCUGGUGACAAUAAUAGAAAUACGGCAAUUUCUACUACUACUACUGCUGCUGCUGCUGCUGCUGCUGGGUACUCCAAUUAUUUGAUACCAGCAAGAGGUUAUCCAUAUUAUUAUUUCAAAUUGGGUGUAGAUAAGUCAAACAAGGAAUAA